AUGCCCUUUGAUUCUACUUACCCGCCAAUAUCAAUACCUGAUGUCGACUUGUUCUCAUUCCUCUUUGAUCGAAAUGACAGAGAAUUCCCAGAUGAUCACGUCGUUCUGGUUGAUGUGACCAGUCGCACCAAGCAUACGUACAGCCAUGUCCGCGAGACAGCAGAGAAGUUCGGGAAGGGACUGAAGUUCCAUUGGAAUUGGCAAAAGGGAGACGUGAUGGCCAUCUUCAGUCCCAAUAGUGCUGAGAUAGCCUCAGCGACCUUCGGGAUCCAAUGGGCCGGCGGUGUUGUCUGCCCCUUCAACAACCAGUACACCACCGCUGAGCUUGCGUCGCAACUGGAAUCUUCUCAGUCCAAAGGUCUGCUCACGCAUGUGGCUUGUCUCCAGGUUGCACGAGAGGCUGCGCUUCUUGCUGGACUGCCUCUGAGCCAUAUCAUCCUCGUCGGUGACCAUGACCCAAAGGGACGGUUUCCACAUUACUCAAGCUUAUACAACGAUUCGACUACGACCGAGAAGGCCAGCAUUGAACCUAAGAACGACCUCGCUUUCCUCGUCUACAGCUCAGGCACCACAGGCUUACCCAAAGGGGUCAUGCUGACCCACGAAAAUGUCGUUGCAAACGUCCUACAAGUAUCGAACCCUGAUCGUGGGAACGCCAGUUGGGAGCGAGACCAAUAUUUGGGUUUCCUACCGAUGUACCAUAUCUACGGCAUCGCUGUAUCCGUGCUGGGGCCCGUCUAUCGUGGGCUCACGAUGCACAUCAUGCAAAAGUUUGAUCUGGAACAACUGUGUCAGGUCGUCCAGGAGGGCAAAAUCACCCUCGUGUACGUCGUUCCACCCGUCGUCCUCCUCCUCGCCAAACAUCCAGUGGUCAGCAAGUACGACUUGAGCUCGCUGAGGAUGUUGCAUUCCUCCGCCGCUCCACUGACCAACGACUUGGUCGAAAUGAUCCACAAGAGACUCAAGGUCCCCAUCAAGCAAGGCUAUGGGAUGUCGGAGGCGUCACCUGGAAUUGCAACUCAACCUUGGGAUGAUUGGAACAAAACGAUCGGGUCUGCCGGCACCCUUGCGCCCUCAAUGUCGAUGAAACUCGUGAACAACGGGGCUGAAGUUCCAGAUGGAGAGGAAGGCGAGAUAUGGAUAAAAGGCCCAAACAUAUUCAAGGGGUACUUCCGAAACCCCAAGGCCACAGCUGAGGCGAUAGACGUCGAUGGCUGGUACCGAACAGGAGAUAUCGGCUACGUGGACAAGGACCACAACAUCUACAUCACCGACCGGGUCAAGGAGCUCAUCAAGUACAACGGUUUCCAAGUUGCACCUGCCCAACUCGAGGGAUUACUGCUCGCGCACCCUGCGGUGAACGACGUGGCCGUCGUGGGAGUCUUCAGCCAAGAGAGAGCCACAGAAUUGCCCAGGGCAUACGUUGUUCCAGCGCAGGGCUUCAAGGGCGAUGAAAAGCUCGCAAAGGAGAUCAGCGACUGGCUUGAUCAGCGCAUAGCCCCGUACAAGCGACUCCGGGGCGGAAUCAAGUUCAUCGACAUGGUUCCGAAAAGUGCGGCCGGGAAGGUCUUGAGGCGGUUGUUGGUCGAUCAGGCAAAGAGGGAAGAGAGCCAGACACUCCGCGCUUCGAAGCUAUGA